GCUGCUUUUUUUGCUUAAAAAAAAUCACCUUUAAAAACAUUCUCUCUCUCUUUAUUUUUUUGCUUAGCUUCACUCCACCUGAAGAUGUAAUGGUCAGUUUAUUGUUUUAAGCGCUUCCAAGCUCUGCUCAGGAUUCUGCUCUGAAAUCUAACAAGGACUCGAGGUAGCGGAUGGAGCACUUUCGGGCUUCACUGGAAUGUAUAAAUAUAGAAAGAGAGCUCUUCCAUCCCACCCCUCUCGCCUUGCAGAAAGCCCUCUUCCAAAAAAAAACCGGAGGAUGCGCGGCCUUUUUCCUGGUUUGCUUUGAAGAAGAGGAAACCUUCGCCUCGUUCCCACCGUGUCCUUCUGGGUCUUCUUCUCUCCUCCAGCGCUGUCCACCCCUCCCCUCAUUUACCUUUUUUUUUUAAUAAAAAAAUGAUAAUAAUAAUAGUAAUUGAGGCGAUUGAAGAGCUAUCCUGUCCAAACCAUCGGCAUCGCGGAAUGAAUGAGCAAAUCGAAUAAACCGUGCGCUCCAAAACGAGAUGGUAAGGGCAGAAACGGAUAGUCAGUUCCACAGUCCUUAGAGCUCUUUGGUUUAAUCUGCAGCCUUAUUGUGGUUUUGUUUCGUUUUUUUUAAAUCCCUGACAUUGACUUUUGACAUAUUUCACUGGAAUCGAGAGGGGGGGAAAUACUCGCCGGACCCCAUUUUAUUGGGGCUACGGAAAGAAAAAGCGUCAGCUGAUUCCAGUGUCAUUUGUGUGAAUGCUCUGGAUGUUGUUUUGUGACACCCUCCCCGCUUUUCUUUCCUCUUUUGAUCGGAACCUGUGUUUACAGUCCCAGGGUCUAAUGGAAAUCUGUAUCUCCUCUGAAUCGUCCGCUUCUGUCAAGACAACUGCGGGGAGAAAGUAGCGACCCACCAGCCUGCGUGCUCUUACUCUUCCCCUAGGAGCGAAGCUGCUGGAGAAAUUCCUUCGACACAAUGGAUGGAGGCAGGGACCGGCGGCCAAUUGUUCUCCAUACUGUACCCUCAGCUGAAACGGGGAGAGAAUUGCGGGGGGAAAGGAUGCCAGGUCGUGAUCGAGGGGGAGGAAACCCCAACCUUGCCGUCCUUUAAUUUUUUCUUAAGGAAGUGGUUAGUCCUCAGCACGGAGUUGGGUCCGGGUUUUGUUGGAGAUGGGGGGGCGGGGGGAGGGGGGAGGGGGGGAAAACAAACCCAAAUCAAAUAUAAGCAAAGACUCCCUUCCUUGGCAUCCCCUGGCCGGGUGGAACUUUUUGUGCUGCGGUGGAGAUGUUGGGGGCCCGCGGUGUCACAACUUUGGAGAUUAAUGGAUGACUUCGUUAAUGACUCAGGGCGUCCGAUAGAGGUGCGCCCGUGAUUUGUGAGGUGCAAGGCGCUUGCUUGACAGUCCCAAACAAUGAGAAGGGGGAGUGUGCGGAGGGGAGGCAAGCGGGGCAAAGGAGCCUCCCCGGCCAAGCUAAGCAUCAGAGGCAGCAGCAACAGCAGCAGCAGCUCAGACAACCCACCCGGGCAAACACACACACACACACACACACACACACACACACACACACACCCUCUCUCUCUCCCCCUCAGAUAUCAUUUCAGAUUAGGAGGCAAAAGGGGGAGAGCGAGCAAGAGAGCGCGCGGCGGAGAUACCCUUUCCCCCCUUUUAAAAAGUAUAAAUAAUGCCUUGCUGGCCCCCAAUGAGGCGUUCCUUCCCGACUUUUUUGGAUCAAUCAAACAGACAGUGGCUUCUUUUGAUUAAAGCCCAAAUUGUCAUUGGGCAGAGGCAAUCAUGUGACAGCCAAUUCGGUCCAAUUUCAACCUUGUCUCCAUGAAUUCAAUAGUUUAAUAGUAGCACGGUCCCCAUACGGCUGUAAUCAGUGAAUUAGAAAAAAAACACCCCACCAGCGAUCUUCUAUGAUAUUUUUUUUCCUUUUCUCUCUCUCUCCCUCUUCCUUUCUCUCUCUCCCUCUCUCUCGGUUUUUUUCCCCUCCCCCCCCUUUUCCUGGGCCUUGCUCCCCCCUCCCCCUCCCAGAAGCGCUAAAUAAGAGGGAACUUUUUCUCCAAGGGGGCUGCGAGUUGAAGGCCAUGAAUUUCGAAUUUGAGCGAGAGAUUGGUUUUAUCAAUAGUCAGCCAUCGCUCGCUGAGUGCCUGACAUCUUUUCCCCCUGUCGGUGAUACAUUUCAAAGUUCAUCAAUCAAGAACUCGACGCUUUCACACUCGACACUGAUUCCUCCUCCUUUUGAGCAGACCAUCCCCAGCCUGAACCCAGGCAGCCACCCUCGCCACAGCAGCAGCAGCCGCCCCAAGCACAGCCCCAAUGCCAGCAGCGGCAGCCCAGUGCCAGCCGGCGCCCUCCAGCCUCCGGAAUACCCCUGGAUGAAGGAGAAAAAAGCCUCCAAGAAAACUGUCCUGCCGCCUCCUUCGGCCUCCGCCACUGGACCAGCCUGCCUGAGCCACAAAGGUCAGUUCAAAGACUUUGCUGCACCUUCAGCCUUCCUGGGACUCAGAGAUCUCUCUCUCUAUCUCCAUAUAAUCUCCUUUUCUCCUCUCCCACUCCCUCUCGCUUGGAUGGGUGCCUCCCUAACUUACGGCACUCCAAUCCGGGUUCGCUGGAGGUCUGGUGGGGGAUCCACAGGCAGAUUCCUCAGAAACCAACCCCGCCGACACCCCCAAAUCCCCCCACCCCAAACAAAGUUUCUUCUUUUUUCCCUCCCCUAACUUGUUUAGCGUGGGGUGAUUUAUUUGAGUUGGAGGUGACCCUCCUCUUGUCUCGCUGUCCUAGAGUUGGGAUAUUUGACAGUAAUGAAGAGUGAUAGAUUGCUCUUGCUCAGCUAAGCAGCUGAUGCAUUAAUUAUAAAUUGUUGUAUGGCUAAUAUCAAAGUUUGCUCGGGUAUGGGCAGGUUGGGGAGAUGGAGGCAAAUCAAGUUCCUGGAGCUAAGCGAGGAGGGUGGGGGGAGAAGCAAAAGUGGGUCCAAGAGACCGGGCUCACAGGAGUGCAAACACAAUGGAUUUACUGCAUUCAUGGGCGGCCAUUUUGUUGCAGUUGAAAUUUUAAUGCUUUAAGAGAGAAAGAAAGAACCCCCCCCCCCCAGCUUCAACUAGCUCAUUUCCCCCCACCAGGCUUGGAUGUUCAAAAUCCUAAAAUAAGACAUUCUCCCUCCUCUCUCUCUCUCUCUCUUUCCCUCCCUUUCAUAUCUCUCUUUCUAAUGGUGAUUGUUGUUGUCUCCUUUGAAGCAGAAUCUCUGGAGAUUUCCGAAAAUGGGACCGGGGGCUCCAGGAGGCUGAGGACUGCUUAUACCAACACGCAGCUCUUGGAGCUGGAGAAGGAAUUCCAUUUCAACAAGUACCUCUGCAGACCGAGGCGGGUGGAGAUCGCCGCUCUCCUGGACCUGACCGAGAGGCAAGUCAAGGUGUGGUUUCAGAACAGGAGGAUGAAGCACAAGAGGCAGACCCAGUGCAAGGAGAACCAGAACAGCGAAGGGAAAUUCAAAGGCUUGGAGGAUCCCGAGAAAGCAGAAGACGACGAGGAGGAGGAGGAAGAGGAGGAAGAGGAGGAGAAAUCCCUCUUCGAGCAAGCCCUCAACAAUGUCUCAGGCGCGCUUUCGGAAAGGGAAGGCUAUACUUUUCAGCAGAAUGCACUAGCGCAACAGCAGGCUGUCACUGUCCACAAUGGAGAGUCCCAAAGUUUCCCAGUUUCGCCUUUAACGAGCAAUGAGAAAAAUCUGAAACAUUUUCAGCAUCAGUCACCCACUGUUCCCAACUGCCUGUCAACAAUGGCCCAGAACUGUGCAGCUGGCCUGAACAAUGACAGUCCUGAGGCCCUGGAGGUGCCUUCUUUACAGGACUUCAGCGUUUUCUCCGCAGAUUCCUGCCUACAGCUCUCCGACGCCGUCUCCCCCAGUCUGCCAGGGUCCCUCGACAGCCCUGUAGAUAUUUCAGCUGACAGCUUUGACUUUUUUACAGAUACACUUACCACAAUUGACUUGCAGCAUCUGAAUUACUGAGAAAUGACAGACAAACUUUUCUGAAAAGGGGUUUUCCCCCCCUCUCCUUUCCCUUUUUUGGGGGAGCGGGAGGGGGAGGGGGAUGACUUGAUUUAAUUUCUUUCCCUUUUCCUGGUUAUUUUUAUUUUUCCUUCUCGGUGUGUUGGAGAGCUUAUUUUGCCGUUUGCCUAUGACAUUUUUAGUUGUGUCGGGUUUUAAACCUAGUCCCAUUCUAGGUCCUUCUAUGAAAAGCAAUAUAUAAGGCCUGUAAGAAAGUGAUCAUAUCAAAAUUGUAUCUUCACUUUCUUUUUAUUUUUGUAUUACAUUAGGAUGCGUUGUCAUAAGUAUUUUUGGUAGAAUAAAUUCUUGUUUGCUAC